UUGAGUCCGUGGAACUGCAGCCGGAUUCUAGGGCACCCCGUUUUUGGCCUCCACCUGACCCUUCAGAAGGCUCAUUGGAUGAUGAUGGCCAUGAAAGGCAUGCUGAGUCUGAGCAUCCUACGGAAGAUCCUGUGGUUGAUCCAGAUUUGCAGCGGCCUCGCAGGAGAAGACGCCGGAAAAGACCUGAUGUAGAACAAUCACCUCAGUCAGAUCGCAGUUCUCAGUGUUCGGAACUAAGUCAGCGUUCCGGUGAACUCCUUGGUGACCUCAACCGCAGUUUGAAUGACUUGGUAACGACCCUGAAGAAUGCGAAUGUACCGAACCUAAAGACUAACACUAACAAUGCAGAUGGAUCCUCGUCUCAGGACAGCUGGAACAGUCGAAAAGGGCCUGAGCGUGGACUUCGUUUUCGAUCAGGAGCACCACCAGCUCCACCUGCAUGGCGCUAUUCCAGAGAUGAUAUCAGGAGCUUUGCAAAGUGGCAGAACAAACUGCAGGUUUGGAAGCGACAGAUCCAAGCCUACAUGCCUCUGCGUGAUGCGGCGCUGAUGUUAUAUACGAGUCCUUCUGGUGAGCCGGAGGAGGAGCUGGAGCACAUUGACUUGGAUCGUUUGCAUUCAUCUACAGGCAUUGACUAUGUGGAGAGUUUGUUGAAGAAAGGCCUGGAGACCAAGAUGGUGUACCAGAAAAGGAAGUUGAUGUCAGAGUUUGAGACCAUUGUGAGACAGAGCAAUGAGUCUAUGAGAGCUUUUGUGAACCGAUACAGAAGAGCUGAACGAGCCCUUGAGAGUGUCGGUGUCACUGCAAGUGGCAUGUACGACAGUGAGUCAAUGGGCAAUAGGCUGUUAGAGAGAUCUCGGCUGUCGCCUGAAAACGGCAGAUUGGUUUUGAUUGGAUCGGCCUUCAACUUGUCCUUCGAAGCCAUUGCUGAAAGUCUUUGCAUGUCGUUUCCAGAGCACAAGCCGCCGCCACCUUUAUUUGGAAAAGAUGGACAGCCUAUCAAAGCCUUUCAGUCAAGGAUCUUGAUCCGGUCGAAGAAGAACAAGAAGAGCCAGACGCUGAAUCGUACUAUGAUGUUCAAGAUGCAGUUGAACCAGAUGGUCAGCCUCAGCAGGAUGAGCCAGCUGAGGAACAUGAUGUUGAUGGAAGAAGCAGAAUCUGAAGGUGUUGAUUUGCAGUCAGUUGCUGAAGUGCUGACUGUCACAGCCAAGAAACUUCAGUCGAUCACUUUGGGGAGAAAGUACUCUGGCAAUCGGUCAAUUCAGGCUUUCCAAUUUGGUCGUGGGCAGCCUAUCUAUGCCAAGGACCGAGUUUACAUGCCGGUGUCAUUGGGUGGAUGUUUGUUUUUGAUAGGUUCCAGCGUGGUUGACACUAGCAUUCCUUUGUUGGCUUCAAACACGUUUUUGGAACAGCUGGACACAGUGGUUGAUCUGGGAAAGCAGAGAGUUUUUUUUAGAGCGUUGGAUGUUUCAGUGCCGAUUCAGAAGAUCAAUGGACAUCUUGCAGUUUCAAUUUCAGAGUUUCAUGAACAUGUUCAUCAAGAUCCUGUUUGGCAUGCGCUUUCACAUGAGAGUUUUUGGAAAGAUCCACAUCCAGAGAUCAUUGCCACCAGUGACGUUUUGCAUCUGAAGCAGCAACUUCCUCGAGAUCAGCCAGCCCCUGUGUUUGCAGUUUCUGAUGAUUCGACAGCCCGUUCCUCAAUGGCUGCUCCGAUGGAAGGCACUCCUUUUGGCAGUGCUCAACUUGGAGCUCAUGACCCUUCGAUGGAUGUCUCGAAUGGUCAAAGUGGGAUUGGCGAGCCGCGUAUGGUUGACACUGAGGGAGCGAUGGGAGAUGCGACAAGAACAAGAGGUACUGGCUUCACAGAUGAGGAGCGCUCAGUACCACCCAUCGGAAUGCACCCAUCCGGAAUGGAAGAGGUACGGCAAUCCCAAGGGCAGUUUCGCCAGGUGCACCCUGUGUCACACCAGACGCAAAUGGGAUCCUCGAAAUCAAUGCUGGGAGGACAUUGGGCUCGCACAAUCGGCAAGCUCUUCUUUGCCGCAGCCCUCACCUUCAAACACUUUGCCGGCAUCCUCGACGUCGAGGAGAUUCCUCAACAUGUUCUGGACAACCUCAACCUGCUCACGGCCGAGAACAUCCAUCAGAUCCACCAGGUUCAUUAUCAACGACUUUUGAACAUGGCCGCAGAGGGCCCAGAGUUGGAGAUGGAGUGGCAGGAGACAGGCAGUCAGGAAGAUCUGUACGACUGGGGCGAGGCUCGACAUGCCUUGCAGGUGGAAGCAGAUACUUAUGAAGCUCUGGCGAACAAACAUCGCUAUUCCAGGAACAAGGUCGACAUUCUGGAGACCUUUGCCGGCAAUGCUUUGGUAAGCAAGAAUGCCUCCAAGUAUGUUUUGACAGCAGCCAUGCCAUUGGACUAUAACACUGGCACUGAUCUUUCUACGGUGGAAGGUCAACACUGGUGCUUCAAAAUUCGAAAGGCCUUGCACCCACUUGUUCUUCUUCAAGGCCUUCAUUGCACUCCAUGGUUGGUCAUGCAGGAAAACAUGAACUAUAACGACCGUCCUGAGGUACUUGAAAGGAUCAGAGAUGAGGAACGACCUACGGUGGUCAAAUCCAUGGAAUGGUGCCGACAACAACAUGAUGACGGCAACUAUUACCUCAUCGAAAAUCCUGAAAGAAGCCGGAUUUGGUCGGAGGAAUCAGUCUUGGAGAUGCUUGAAUAUACCAAUGGCCAGAUCGUCAAAUGCCAUUCUGGAGCAUAUGGAGGCAAGAAUUCAAAAGGUGAACCCAUCAAGAAGACCUUCCAGUUUGCAUCCAACAAUCCCAUGCUCUUGGAGUUUUUGACCAAGAAGUUGAGCGCCGAGCAGCUUGCUUUGUGCGUUCCCCUGGAAGGCAAAGAGGUUACCUUGUCACAACAUUAUCCCAUGGGUCUAGUCCAGGCAAUUCUCAAGGGCAUCAAGAAGGUGGCUCAGUUGAGAAACCCAUGCCGUUUUCAGCCCAAGCAAGUCCUGGCUAGUUUUUCCACGCCCGUGGAUGACCAACAGAGCUGGAGGAACGUGAUGGAGUUGGCAUCUCAGCAUAUGGACUUUUUGACUUCGCGAGAUGCCAUCAUCCAACCUCACGAACCACUAUAUGCUCAAGUUCAAGCAAUGCUUCCAUGGCAGCUCACUCGGGUGCAGGUCGCUCGAAGACCUUUGGUGAAUCGACAUCCAUUGCAUUUUCCAUACACCCAUCGAGGCGCAGCUCUCAGGUACGUGGACAAUCCUGAAGUUGAUGUCAUCACUGAGGACUUGACUGAACUCAGAUUCCCACGUUCACGCUUCAAGGCACCUGUUGAGUUGGGCAUCUUCUGGUAUGGGUACCCCAAUGAGAUUGAUGAGGAACAAGGUAUCCCAGCCGAAGAGGCCAUGAUGCGAGAUGGAGUUCCUGUGGAUGAGGCAGGCAACUUUCAGCCAUCUCAAGCUUCACAACCAAUUCAGAACUCCGAGAUUUACCAUGAUGAAAUCACUUUUCCCAACUCCACAGGCAUCGACAGAUCCAUCAAGGUGUCGGUGUCGAGAAUGCACAAGAACCUUGGACAUCUUCCAGGUCCAGAGAUGCUGAAGCUGCUGGCUUUGAAUGGCAUCACCAGCGACCAGGUGAUCAAAUGCAUCAAAAAUAUGCAAUGUGCAGCUUGCGCUCGCUCGCGAGCUCCACUUCGACCAAACCCAGCAGCGGCACCUCCACAGUGCAUUGGGCAAUUUGCUGACAACCUCCAGGCGGACAUCUUCUACCUGAGGGAUUUGACUUCCAAGAACCAUCCGGUUCUUGGGGUGAUUUGCGAAGCAACUCAUUUGCAUGCUGCCACAAGGUUGACUUCCAGGAAUCCAUCUGAGGUUUUUGAUGCACUUCGACUUUGCUGGCUUCAGAAUUUUGGAUUUCCUUUGAGGCUUGCAGUUGAUGAUGAUGGCGCCUUCAAAGCUGAGUUUGACGAAAAGAUGAGCGCAGGUGGCACCUAUCUAGAUGUCAUCCCAGGAGAAGCUCACUACAAGCUGGGCGUGAUCGAGCGUCACAAUGGAACGCUUAGAAUGCUCCUGGAGCGCAUCGUGGACUCCAUGCCUUGCACCGAUGCGGAUGACAUUGACUUGGCCAUUGUUUCAGCACUUCAGGCCAAGAACUCAGCUCAGCAGCAAUCUGCCCUGAUGAGAUGCGAAGCGUUGAAAGCAAUUGCAGAGGCCUCAGCAUCUUCGACUUUGAGAAGGGCAUUGCUUCGCAAAACUUCACAGCAGCUGCAGCUUGAGCCCCAGCCAGGAUCCCUCUUGGCAUACUGGCGAUGGACUACACGUUCUCAUCGCAAACGUGGAGGAUACCGCAUUGCGCGGUAUUUGGGAAAAGAUCCAGAUGGCAAAACUCUGUGGCUUCAAAGUGGCAGUCAUACUGUCAAAGUUGCUGACACCCAAGUUCGAGAUGUCUUCGGCUAUGAGGACUAUGUCCCUGAUCGUCAAGAUCUUCAAGCUCUCAAGAAUGCGGAGGACAACAUCAGGUCAGAUUUGUGGACUGACGAGACCCUUCCAGAAGAAGUUCAUCCACCUGACCAAGUCGCUGAAGCUUCUGGGGAAUUGGACUUGGACUUUGAGUACCCAGAAGUGAAUGCGCCAAUUCCAGUUGUGGAUCUCACAGAUGAUUUGGAUGAUCCGGGACAAUUUGUUCCACGGACUCCGCCAGAACUGAUGGAAGAUGCACAGCAAGCAGCACAGGAUCCCUAUCAGGAUCAAAUUGAAGCAACAUCAGUCUUGAAGCGGCCAUUUGAAACCCUGGCAGCACAACUCACACGAGCCAGAAGAGUUGCACAGAGGUCCUACGAGCUCUACAACUACCGCAGCUUCUAUGGGCCACCUCUUCAAGGCUUACGCUGCUGGGCAAGGCUUGAUUUGCUCACCAAAUCGCCCAAGAAGACAAUGUCCACUGGACCACCCAUGUCUUCAGUGAAAUGGAGGCGCACUUUGGACGCCACAUCGGGCGACAUCAUUUUUGAAGGUCCCUUCAACGACAAUGACGAUGAAGAGGCCCAUCACUUUGGAUCAGAGUUGAGCACCCUGACGGAACUAUGGCAUGUUGGUGCGAAACAAGCUCCCAGCUUCUUUGCGAGCGAUCGUGAGCUCAACUCCUUUGAGCCUGGAUGGGAUGGCAGCCCUGACAAUUGCCUCCCAAGCUCUUCCAAGACCUUCAUCACUGCCUAUGUCAACGAGCUUGCGGAGAAAGAAGACGACUUUGAAACGACACUUUCAGAGUCAGAUGAAGAGUUUGAUGACAUGUCGAAAGGCAUGCCUAGAAAAACCAGGAAAGAGCAAAAGGCUCAGGAGAAAGAACUUAGCUGGCGAGAAAUCAUGCAGCAGUCUGACGACUAUAUCCAAGCCUUCGUCGAAGCCACCAUCAAGGAGGCAAACAGCUUCACCACUUGGAAGUCCCUGCAGCCGAUUCCUGAAGAUGAAGCUCGGCGCAUCCUGAAUGACCCGAAGUUGAAGAAGCGCAUCAUCACUUCCAGGGGAUGCUAUCGGGACAAGAACAAGAAUGUUCCACCGCUGAAGGCCAAGACCAGAAUAGUCUGUCGUGGCAACCAAGACCCUGACCUAGUCAACUUGACGAGACAGGCUCCAACUCCAACGAGGACUUCAGAGAUGUUGGUGUACAUCAUCUUUGUUUCUGGCGCCAAUUCAAAGGCUUUUGGAAGUCGAGAUGUUUGGCUUCUUUGGUGCGGAGACGCCUCCACUGCGUUUCUCCAAGGGGAUCCAGAUUGGUCAGAACGAGCAGGCAAGCUAUUGGAAGCAAUAGGCUUUAUUUGUCAUUCUUUUGACAAAAUGUUGUUUUGGUUCCCUGAUCCACACAACGCUCCUGCACCUUGCGCUUUGCUGAUCUGCUAUGUGGAUGAUUUUCUGCUCACUCACAACUCCAGCUUCCCCUUUGAGAAGUUCCAAGCCAGCUUCAAAUGGGGAUCCCAGCAGUAUGCGCAGCCCGGAGCACCUCUCACGUUCAAGGGCAAAGAGAUCCAUAUAUGUCAUGAUGAGAAGAACGAGCUCUAUGUCAAGAUCACUCAGACUACAUUCAUCAACAGUCUGGACAAGGGCAUGAAAAUUCCGAAAGGUAAGAUGAGUACGAAGAUCUCUGAUGAGCAUUGGCCUGAGUUUCGGUCAGUGAGCGGAUGUCUUCAAUGGUUGGCAGGACAAUGCAGGCUUGACUUAGCCAGCGCAGUUUCCUUGUCAAAUCGUGGGUCCGAGACGACCUAUGCUGAUCUGGAUGCCCUCAACCAGACAUUGGACUUUGCGAAGUCAACUGCAGAACUUGGCAUUUGCAUCCGGGCUGUCCCCAUUGAUCAGAGCGCUGUGAUUGUUGGGUACAGUGAUGCAUCCUGGGCGAACGCACAGGGAUCUGCCAGCCAACAUGGACAGAUCAUCAUGUUGACCUCUGCGAAUGUCACUGAGUGCACUUCAAUUGGAGCCAUUGCAGACUGGAAGACUGGCAGAAGCAAGAGAGUUUGCCGUUCUACUCUGGCAGCUGAAGCAGUGAGCGCUGACACUGCGACCGAUCGGCUUGCGUUUUUGAGCUACAUGCUGGGAGAACUCAUUUUCGGCAUCCCA